AUGAUGAACAGAAACCACACUGCAUCUUGGUCCGACCAUUCUUACAACGACGGCCGUGAAAGAAGAUCCCACCAGCCACAGACCAAGCAGCGUUCCCAGGAGGAGCAGGGAUCCUGGGCCUGGGAGGAAAGCCAGGAGUGGAAGACAUCCUGGACUUGGGCCGAAAUAAUGGCAGGAGACAAAAGUCUGCCAUGGAAGCAGGCAGAAGCAGCGAAGGAGGAGAAGCGACAACAUCGCGGCUCGCGGCGUAGGCCCAAGAAAGAUCUUCCUCAGUACAGGCGCAAGCAGUGGCAGUCCUACUUCGGGCGCACCUUUGAUGUCUACACCAAGCUGUGGAAGUUUCAGCAGCAGCACAGGCAGGUCCUGGAAAAUCGGCAUGGCCUGGAGAGAUGGCAGAUAGGGGAGGUGGCAUCCAAAAUAGGCCAGCUCUACUAUCACUACUACCUUCGUACCUCAGAAACAAGUUACCUGAAUGAGGCGUUCUCGUUCUACUCGGCCAUACGCCAGCGGUCCUACUACUAUCAGGUCAACAAAGAGGAUAGGCCUGAAUUGGUAGUGAAGAAACUUCGGUAUUAUGCCCGCUACAUUGUAGUUUGUUUACUUCUGAACAAGAUGGACCUAGUGAAAGUGCUGGUCAAGGAGCUGUCAGAGGAAAUUGAGGACUAUACGCAGCGAUUCAACACAGAAGAUCAGUUAGAAUGGAAUCUGGUCUUACAGGAAGUGGCAGCUUUUGUGCAGGCAGACCCAGUUGUGGUGCUGAACAAUGAAAAUACUGUGGUCGUCAUAUCCAAUCGGCUACAGGAGAGGGGCAUGCCUCUGUUGGAACAGGGCAUGGUGGUUGGUCAGCUCACCCUGGCAGAUGCACUAAUCAUUGGCAACUGCAACAACCAGGUGAAGUUCAGUGAGCUAACCAUCGAUAUGUUCCGCAUUCUCCAAACUUUGGAGCGGGAACCAGUCAACCUGGCUACAACGACAUCUAAACAUGGAACAUUGGAACCCAGCGAGAAGCCAGCCAAGAGAGAGAACCCUCACAAGUACCUGCUGUACAAGCCAACGUUCAGCCAGCUCUACACCUUUUUGUCUGCCUCCUUUAAGGAGUUGCCAGUGAACAGUGUGCUGCUCGUCUAUCUUUCAGCUACUGGAGUCUUCCCUACUGGAUGCUUGGAUUAUGAGGGACCAUAUGACUUUGGAGUAGUCCUCACCAACACGAACCGUGAUGUGGUAAACGCGGAGACGGUGCAGAAAAGGAACCAAGCCCAAAAAGAGAUGCACUGCCUUCACCCUGGAGACUUGUUCCCUUUCACCCGGAAGCCUCUCUUUGUCAUUGUAGACUCCUCCAACAGCACAGCCUAUAAGAAUUUCACCAAUCUCUUUGGUCAGCCGCUGGUGUGUCUUCUAUCUCCCACAGUCUAUCCAAAGAGCAUGCAAGACCAGUCCCAGCGUGGCAGCCUCUUCACACUCUUCCUGUACUGCCCCCUUCUGGCUUUCCUGUCCGUGUGUGGCCUGAGCAGCCUUAACCAAGGAUUGUGGCAGAAGGCUGAUGAGUUUCUAUGCAAGGUGUUCCGUGACAUUGGCCAGAUGAUUUCACGCUCACGAGCUAUAGACCAAGCAUUUCUACAGUUCUACGGUGACGAGUUCCUUCGAUUGGUACUCAUCCGCUUUGUGUUCUGCUCGGCUACACUGAGAAUGCACAAGCUCUUCCAGGACUCCAGGAGCUUCCCGGAAUCGGUCCCUCAGCUACCUAAACAGGAUACGGUGGAGAGCAGCUUCCUGUGGAAGCACGUUCUGGAGCUGGCUGCCAUGUUGGAUGUGCAGCACCUCUUUUGGGACGGAGCGCUGGACGUGAACUACUGACUUUUAGCUGACCAGCUAGUCACCACAACUUUACAAACACAGACCAACUACAGACACACAGACCACCACUAUACACACUCGCACAGGGGAGAGUCCUCAUCAUCUUUCAGAGGUAAUCAAGUUACUUGUUGAACACACUGCAAUAGUGUCUGUUUCUUUGGAACCCAAGACCCCCUAUUUCCCCCACCUAAUGUACAGUGAGGGAAAAAAGUAUUU